AGGGCGCACUACUAGACUCGCGCCAAUUUACGCGGAUGGUGCAUGGGGAUGAACAUGGUGAUGGCGCAUGUCAUCGCGUGUAAGUGUUGUUUUGGUAGAAAUCGACCUAAAGAUGACGAUCUAGAACGUAUGCAGGAUGUUCUACCCGACGAGUACCUCCACAAUGUCUGCUCAUUUCAGGAGGAGACGAUGCCCGGUGGUUGGUCUGCUGAACUCCGACUGGCCGUGUCCACGGAAGAUGGGGCCAUGCAGUGGCUGGCCCGCUACCAAGAAAAGUCGAUGACGGUCAUGCGGGUGAAUAAAACCUUUGGGUGGGACGUGCAGUCUCCACGCUCAAAUCUGUUCAAGAAAUCCUACAGAUGCCACCAUAGCACCAGAAGCCAAGUAAGAAAAAAGAACUUGAAGGGCACAGACUGCCUGAGCUGUAUGACUAUCACCGUCAAGAAAGUAGCGAAGCUUGCUCGGAAAAGCAGAUCAACAGAUCCACAUAUUACAGCCUACCCUAUGCGGGUGUGUCUUCGCUACAAUCACAACCAUCCCGUGAAGGCCAGCUCCGCGCUGCGGUUCCGUGACGUUCUGCCCAGCAUUGGGGAGAAGUUCAAGGGCUUGUACCGGCUCGGCUACAGUCCCAUUUCCGCAAUGGAUGUCCACAGGAUGGAUCUGCUGUUAGAGUACGGCUCCGGCUACUUGCACAUUAGCGGUGACAGGGCCCAGGUCCCCGAUGAUCAGUGGUGUCGUAGGCUGCACAAGAAGAUUACAGCAGCUGAAAAAGAAACAGGUGGAAGAAAUCUCUUGGUAGAUUUAGUGGCACGGAUGGAAUCCGAAAACGCUGGAGACGAAAGAGUGAUGGAUGUACACGUAACAGAAGAGAACCAGGUCCUGGUAGCAAUCUGCUCAAAGUUAAUGAAGAGGGUCAUCAACAAUGUUCCAGAGGGUCACGAGGUGGUCAUCGUCGAUAGAUGUGGUACAGGGGAUCGGGACAAUCUGAAGGUGUACCUCCUUCUGACACACUCUGGUGUCGGCGGGUUGCCUGUCGGCUGUCUGAUCACGACGUCCGAAAGCACCUCUGCAGUCAAAGCAGCACUAGAGAUGUACAAGAACUUAAUACCCUGCGGUGCAUUCAACAAUGGGUCAGGGCCGAAGAUUAUCAUGACCGAGGAUUGCGAAGCUCUCCGGAAUGCCCUCAGUGAGGUUUUCCCCGAGUCAGUCAUGCUUCUGUGCAUCUUCCACAUGUUGCAGUCGGCCUGGAGAUGGCUAAGGGACAGAAAAAAGAAGAUCGAGAAACAGGACAGGCCGGAGUUGUUUAGUGUCCUGAAAUCAUUGCUCCACUGUCAGUCCGUGCCAGACAUGGAGCUCCAUUACCAGAAAGCCAUGCAAAAUGCCAUUGUCCAGAAGUACAGGCAGUUCUCCGCCUAUCUGUUGGAAUGGUACAAUAAGACGGAUUGUUGGGCAUUGUGCUGUAGACAAGAUUUGCAGCUCCAAGGUAGCUACACCCAUGAUUUCAGUGAGAUAACCACCAGGGUGAUCAAGGAGCUGGUCCUGAAUCGAGUGAAGGUGCACAAUUACGUCCAGCUUGCUGACUUUGUCAUGGGCAGAAUGGAGAGAUACUAUGAGAGAAGGAUACUAGAUGUCGUCAACGGUUCCUUUGACAGUGUCCGGUAUUCAAGAUACCUCCCACAGGAACCGAACGAAGACCUGAAUAUCAAGCAGACUUCAGAGUGCACGUUCACAGUUGGAAUCCCCUCCAAGCCAGACUCUGACAACAUUGUUAACACCCUACUGGGUCACUGCACCUGCACGUCAAUUUCAGCAGAAGCCUGUAAGCACCUGAAUGCAGUGUCUAUGAAGUACAAUGUUCAGGUCGGUAACAUUAUCCCAAUUAGCAACACUGCCGACAAGGCGAGGUUCUACUACAUAGCUACGGGCAGCAACAGCUUGCCUGAGAGGCUCCAACCUCUUGUCCGUGACAUUGCCAACACGGUUGAAGCGCCAGACAAUUCCCCAGCACCAAACAGAGACCACGAGGGCUACCAUAACAAGUUAGGACCCUCUGAGUCCGAGACACAAGCUGCACCCUUGGUUGGAGGUGCCGCUGCUGACGACAAUGUCAAAAUGCGUCCAGAGGUGCAGAGGUCCGUAAUCAAGAGUCUGGCAGAACACCUUCAAGAAGACUUUGUCUCUGUAUUGCGAGAGAAGAUGACGAGGUACCCAGAUUCGUACAUCCCAGCGGUGAAGGUGUUCCUCGGUAACAUUAAGAAACUCAAGACAGAUUCCCAAGUUGUGACAAGCCUCGUUUCGUUUGGCUCCAGCAGCGGGACCGGAACCGGAAGCAGACCUCAGCAGCCUGGGCAAAAACGGAUGGGUGCUAAACCAACAGAUCACACCACUCCACACAAAACUAGGAAAUUAGAAGAGACAGUUUGCCAUCAAAGUGGAAGCCCUGCCACACCGGUAGAGCCCACUCAGUCCAGUGGGCCAGAAGACGGCUGCAGUGAAAUCCAACAGCAGGAGUGAGCUUAGCACCAGCUGACAUUUACACAACUUCCCAAAACAAAACAACUGAAAGUCAAAAACCACAUUAUGCGCAAAAUGUUACUUUAGGUAAAAAGGCAUUCGGCUAGAAAGAUCAUAAGGAUACUCUUUGCAUUGUUAUCUGUCAUUAUUCAUGUACCUUACAUACAUGUACCCAGUCCUUCUGAUUUGAGGCGUGCGAUCACACCCCAACACCAUCGCACACCUAAAAGCUUCCCGAGAGGUGUGAAUAAUUGCACGCCUGAAUUUCCCUGGACCACAGAUCACACACCGAGAAAACCACACACCUAGAAAAAAAACACACCUCGAAAAAUCCAGGUGUGCCUUUUUCCACACGCCUGUGAUUUUCAAAUCAGAAGGACUGAUGUACCCUUCCGAAUCCAGCAAAAUGCAAUCCAAGGUUUUGCAGUGCCUUGAACGAUUCAGGAGUUUUGAGCCCAGCCCCCAAUCACAUGUACUGUUUUGCAUAGGGAUUGAUGUCACAUGGUGUAUGAUAUAUUCGUUGGAAUUCGGUGGAUGUACAUGUACAGUUAUAUUACUGUAAUAAAGAAACAGUGGAGAAACAGACUUAAACAAGACUUUUGUCAUACUACAUAGGCACUUUAAACGAUGUGAAUUUCGCGGAUUUUCCCUGGCAUAUUCUGCCAGCCUUUUUCUCUCAUUUCUUCAGACAUUGCCUCCGCACUUAACGCCUCUGCUACAAUGUGUGCACUACUUGUGAACAAUCCUUGUUCUUAUGAUUAGAGAGAAUUAAAAUGAUUUAAUAAGACAAAGGAUGGAAUUACACAAAUGAGCUGGACAAGCUGCAGUUAAAUUUUAAUAUUGUAACUUUGUAAGUGCACAGGUCUAUUGAGUUCAGCACGUUUUGCUGUAACGCUGUCUCACACCUAGUACAUGUACUUGUAGACUGGGCCGUGCAUGUAGGCCCUACUGUACGCGUAUAAACGACCCUCCAAUCAACCCCAAGUCAACGGGGACACGGCAUCGAUCUGCCCGCUGGCACGACAGCGGACGAGGGACACUCGUGCUCGGUCAAGGACCUGAGGGCUUACCCAAAACACUUACCAGCACAAAAUAAACAAAAUGUGUUGAUGUACAGCAUCUUAGAUAUGGAUUUUUUUCCGGGAUGUCACUGUCCACUAGUAAAAACAAAUCGACACCAGGGGAAUUUGGUGACAGGAUUUGACUGUUUUAAAUGUCCGUUUAGGUCUACAUUAUUGGUUUUUUUUUAUAUUACCAUUAGAGUUUUUUUUUAUCAUGCCAGGCAAGGUUCAACGCGCAGCGUAAUCUAAAACCAUGAUUUUUUUUUGAAUUUGGAGGAUAGAAUUGCUUCGAAGAUGUAGUUUGUACAGAUUAAUCAUCAUAAAAUCGCAAUCAUUGAUUUACCCUAACUCCCAAGGCAUUUUUAGGAUGCAACCUCAAUCCUGAAAAAUCCUCCAACUGCCUCCAUGUAAAAAUUGACAUGCAUGCAGCGUCAGUCCUGCAAAAUCCUCCCAUAUUACUUGAAUGUGGUCCUUGGAAGGUUAACCACUUCCUUAAUCCUGCAAAAUCCUUCAGCAAUCACUGACAAUACCGGUAUGUUGAGCAAGUUGAGGCAGAGCCAGUGACAUCCCGAAGCAGUGCGGAGGAUUUCAAGUAUAAUUUAGGCCUAAUUUGUGCACGGCUGAGCCUAAACAACACAAGGUCCGGCCCAAGACAUUGACACAGUGCAUCCUCCUAAAAUCAGCCACACAUUUUGUUCAACCAUUUUACCCUCCAUCCUACAAAAUCCUCCAUUUUGCAAAGAGGAUUUUGGAUGAUUUGGGAAGGUUACGGUUAAAGAUUCCAGCAAACCGCGUGCAUGUAUGAGAAAGCGACCAUGGCAUUGGACGCAUGUGCACAAUGGGCUAAUUUAAGUUGGAUCCGAGAACAUGCACUUUUUUUUUAUAAUACUGGCACAUAUUAUAUAUAAGGAUUACCAUGUGUAAAAAGUUUGCAUGCAAAUUAUAAAACAGUCGAAAUGAUG